AUGUUUCUCCAAGGACCACUAAUUGAUAAAUGGAAAGAGGCAGUAUUAGUCUGCUUCACACCCAGCCUGGCAGGGGUCAUCCGGUACGUCUUACAUUUGGUCCUGUGCAAUAUGGGGUAUGGUAUCUCCACGGCCCUGGGCAACCGGGGAGUCAACGUAACCUACCGGGCCCUGGGCAACCGGGGAGUCAACGUAACCUACCGGGCCCUGGGCAACCGGGGAGUCAACGUAACCUACCGGGCCCUGGGCAACCGGGGAGUCAACGUAACCUACCGGGCCCUGGGCAACCGGGAGUCAACGUAACCUACCGGGCCCUGGGCAACCGGGGAGUCAACGUAACCUACCGGGCCCUGGGCAACCAGGGAGUCAACGUAACCUACCGGGCCCUGGGCAACCCGGGAGUCAACGUAACCUACCGGGCCCUGGGCAACCCGGGAGUCAACGUAACCUACCGGGCCCUGAGCAACCGGGGAGUCAACGUAACCUACCGGGCCCUGGGCAACCCGGGAGUCAACGUAACCUACCGGGCCCUGGGCAACCCGGGAGUCAACGUAACCUACCGGGCCCUGGGCAACCGGGGAGUCAACGUAACCUACCGGGCCCUGGGCAACCGGGGAGUCAACGUAACCUACCGGGCCCUGGGCAACCGGGGAGUCAACGUAACCUACCGGGCCCUGGGCAACCGGGGAGUCAACGUAACCUACCGGGCCCUGGGCAACCAGGGAGUCAACGUAACCUACCGGGCCCUGGGCAACCGGGGAGUCAACGUAACCUACCGGGCCCUGGGCAACCAGGGAGUCAACGUAACCUACCGGGCCCCGGGCAACCAGGGAGUCAACGUAACCUACCGGGCCCUGGGCUAUCAGCCCCCCUUCCCUCCCCCGGGGCUGGCAGGUCACUUACCGUCAGAGGUUUAG